UGUGUGACAGUGCGUGUACGCGCGUCCUCGGAUUCCUGCUCGGUGUUCGCACACCGACCGUCUCGUCAGUGUUGAUCGGCUCGCUAUGGCGGAAGGACGCAGAGAACAGCCGCCCCAUCCUCUCCUCUCUUUACCACCGGCCAGCAAGCGACCCUGCCUGCGCCCCGCUCCCCGAGGUCCCGGCCCGGGGCCCGGCCACGGCAGCGGCUUGCCCAGCUCCCGGUAUCGUUCCCCGGAGUCCCUACUGGACUGCGCCGCGAAGGCAGUCGCGGAAAAGUGGGCCUUCGAGCGGGUGGAGGAGCGCUUCGAGCGGAUCCCGGAGCCCGUUCAGCGCCGCAUCGUCUACUGGUCUUUCCCUCGCAACGAAAAGGAGAUAUGCAUGUACUCGUCGUUUCAGUGCCGAGUCGCCGGCGAGGAGGGUCCGUCCGCAGCUACCGGCGGGACUGGGGGCACUGGGUCCGGAUCUACAACCGCCGGCGGUGGCGGAGGAUCUACCGGUACGACGGCUACCGUAGGGGCAGCCGGAGCAGCGGUGACGGGAGACGGACUUCCUUUUCGCCGGGGUAUUAGGCUGCUGGAGACCGGUUGUGUGGAAAGUGUUUUACAAGUCGGCUUUCACCUCAGCGGCACGGUCACUGAACCCGCCACGUCGUCAGAGCCGGAAGUCACCCACAAGGUCGCCAUCAGCUUCGACCGAUGCAAGAUCACCUCAGUCACUUGCGGUUGCGGCAACAGGGACAUCUUCUACUGCGCCCACGUGGUUGCGCUCUCGCUUUACCGCAUUCGCAAGCCCGAGCAGGUGAAGCUGCGGUUGCCCAUCUCGGAGACGUUGUUCCAGAUGAACCGGGACCAGCUGCAGAAGCUGGUCCAGUACCUGAUCACGGCCCAUCACACAGAGGUGCUGCCCACAGCUCAGAAACUGGCCGACGAGAUCCUAUCCUCCAACUCUGAGAUCAACCAGGUCCACGGCGCUCCGGACCCGACUGCAGGCGCCAGUAUCGACGAUGACAACUGCUGGCAUCUGGACGAGGACCAGGUCAGGGAGCAGGUGAAACAGUUUCUCUCCCAGGGAGGAUACUACGGCUCUGGGAAGCAACUCAACUCCAUGUUCGCUAAGGUCAGGGAGAUGCUACGAAUGCGAGACUCCAACGGCGCCCGCAUGCUGACGCUCAUAACGGAACAGUUUAUGGCGGACCCCAGGCUGUCGCUAUGGCGACAACAGGGCACAGGGAUGACUGAUAAGUGUCGGCAGCUCUGGGAUGAGUUAGGUGCAUUGUGGGUGUGCGUGGUGCUCAACCCCCACUGUAAGAGCGAGGAGAAGAGCGGCUGGCUGAAGCAGCUGAAGAAGUGGGGCGACCUGGACGUCUGCCCGCUGGAGGACGGCAACUACGGCAGCGAGCUUCCAAACAUCACCAACGCUCUGCCGCAGAGCAACCUGGCACAAGACUCUCCGACGAGGCCGAGGAGGUCGGUGUUCAGUCGUGCCGUCGAGGCGUGCGACCUCCACUGGCAGGACAGCCACCUCCAGAGGAUCAUCAGCAGCGACCACUACAUGUCUCCGUCCUACCAGAGGGAGGGGGAGAGCCUGCUCUUCAACCCCCAGGGGCUGCCGCUGUGCCUCGACCACGUCCCCACGGCGUGCGCUCGUGUCGACGCCCUGCGUUCCCAUGGCUACUCCAGGGAAGCCCUGCGAUUGGCCGUGGCCAUCAUCAACACACUCCGCCUCCAGCAGCAGAGACAGAUGGACAUCUACAAACACCAAAAGAAAGAGCUUCUACAGAGGGGCGUGACUUCCACCACUAACCUGGAAGGCUGGGUGGGUCAUCCCUUAGACCCCAUCGGCUGUCUGUUCAACACGCUGACCGAGACCUGCCGCAUGGAUGACGACAACUCAAUGGACACCGGAGAAGGCGACCCCAGGCCUCCGGUCUACCACCACGUACCAGUGUGGGGCAGUCCUGACGGAGGAGAGUCCUACCUGACCUUGGCCUUAGAGGUGGCUCUGAUGGGUAUGGGCCAGCAGAGGAUAAUGCCCGAGGGCCUGUACGCUCAGGACAAGGUGUGUCGAAACGAGGAGCAGAUUGUUGCAAAACUUCAGGAGCUGGAGCUCGGCGACCUCCUGGUCCAGACCCUCCGGAAGCAAGCCAUCCAGCUACUGGAAGCUGGUCCGUUCAGCGGCCUGGGUGAGGUCAUCCACCGGGAGAGCGUUCCCAUGCACACCUUUGCCAAGUACCUUUUCUCCGCCCUGCUGCCGCACGACGCCGACCUGGCCUACAAGCUGGCCCUCCGUGCAAUGAGGCUGCCGGUGCUGGAGUCCUCCACAGGCUCCGGGGACGUGGGCCACCCUCACCACGGCAUCUCCAUAGUACCGAGCAGGUACCCGCGCUGGUUCACGCUGGGACACCUGGAGUCCCAGCAGUGCGAGCUGGCCUCCACCAUGCUCACUGCUGCUAAAGGUGACAUGUUGAGGUUGCGGACGGUGCUGGAGGCCAUCCAGAAAAACAUCCACUCCUCUUCCUUAAUCUUCAAGCUGGCCCAGGACGCCUUUAAGAUAGCCACACCCGCAGACAACCCGCCUGAUAUCACACUGCUCAACGUGGCCCUGGAGCUGGGACUGCAGGUGAUGAGGAUGACUCUGUCCACACUGAACUGGAGAAGGAGAGAGAUGGUCCGCUGGCUGGUAACCUGUGCCACUGAAGUCGGUCUGCGGGCGUUGGUGAGCAUCCUGCAGAGCUGGUACACCCUCUUCACGCCGACCGAGGCUACCAGCAUCGUGGCGGCCACCGUCAUGUCCCACAACACCAUCCUGCGCCUAAGCCUGGACUACCCGCAGCGCGAGGAGCUGGCCAGCUGUGCCAGGACGCUGGCCCUGCAGUGCGCCAUGAAGGACCCCCAGAACUGCGCCCUGUCGGCCCUGACGCUCUGCGAGAAGGACCACAUCGCCUUCGAGACGGCCUACCAGAUCGUGAUCGACGCGGCGUCCACGGGCAUGACUUACUCGCAGCUGUUCACCAUCGCCAGGUACAUGGAGCACCGAGGGUACCCGCUGCGCUCCUUCAAGCUGGCCUCCCUCGCCAUGACCCACCUCAACCUGGCCUACAACCAGGACACGCAUUCCGCCAUCAACGACGUGCUGUGGGCCUGCGCGCUCAGCCACUCCCUGGGUAAGAACGAGCUCGCCGCCAUCAUCCCCCUGGUGGUGAAGAGCGUGCACUGCGCCACAGUGCUCUCCGACAUCUUGCGGCGGUGCACCAUGACGGCGCCGGGUCUCGCCGGCAUUCCCGGGAGAAGGAACUCUGGGAAGCUGAUGUCAACAGACAAAGCGCCGCUGCGGCAGCUGCUAGACGCCACGAUCUCGGCGUACAUCAACACCACGCACUCUCGACUGACGCACAUCAGCCCGCGGCACUACGGGGAGUUUAUAGAGUUCCUGAGUAAAGCGCGGGAGACUUUCCUGCUGGCACAGGACGGCCAUAUUCAGUUCGCUCAGUUCAUAGACAACCUGAAACAGAUCUACAAGGGCAAGAAGAAACUGAUGAUGUUGGUCAGGGAGCGCUUUGGCUGACCACGCCCCUCCCUCACAGGGACGCUCUUCUCGGGAAGUAGUUUGACCUUUUUUGUUUCUAUUUAAAGUCAUUUUGGAUUCCUUUGUAUUUUUACUUAUUCUGUUGAGCCAUUUGUUGACUAAGUCUUAAGUUUUUGUCCUGUUUUGUUGUUUUGUUUCUUGAAUGUGAACCAAGUGUUGCUGUUUCAUUGAGACCAUCUAUUAUGAAAAAGUCAAAAGAUUGUCAUCGGGAAAAAUACAAAAGGAACCUUUUUUGGGUGGUUUGGCACAUGAGGAUUCAAAACCAAAAUAUAGGGUACUUAUUUUGAGCUGGAAGAAGCUUUCAGCUCGAUUAGAAAAGACCAAGAGAAAGUGGCUUCCAAAAUGGAAGGAACGUGUCAUUCCAAAAGAGCGCUCAGAUAUCGUUGCAUAACGUCAUACCUCCACUGUAUUAUUUGUCAGCUUUAACUUCUCUCUUACGUGUCAUUCAGGGCGUCUUAGAGUAGAGAGGGCGGAACAAGGAACUCCACGUGUCGUACUAACAGGUUCUUAAACUCCACCAACCUCCUCCCCUGGUUUCCUAAAGGCAGGAAGAACCAUGUUGCUUCACAGAGUGCAUCAAAUCCAUAUGAUCCAACAGUGACGGUAUACAGCUGUGAUAAAUGAUCUCAUGGUCUCAGUGGUCCAUCUUUAGAGCUACAACUGCAGUGUUUUACAGCUAUUUGUGGCCAAAACCUUUGAAAUCCAGACGACCCUCCUGUCAUUCGCUGGUUUGGGAUUUAUUCCAUAAGCAAUAACACUGUCUGUGCUUCAUUUUUAUCAGUCAGCGACUUUAAUUUCAUGUCUUUUUGUGUUAUGUUAGGAAGCUCUGAAAGAAGUCGGGACCUGAUUGAUUGAUUGAUUGAUUGAUUCAGAGUGCGACAGCUUUUAACUUUGCUUGUAGCUAAAGUCCCUUUUCCAUCUCAAGACCGUUCUACGGAACUUUUCUAUGAAGCCCCCGAACAUAAGAGCAGCAAUCUGGUUCCAAUGUUGGUUCUAUUGGUCGUGGUUCCUACCCCUGACACCCUGGCAGUGCUUUUGACUAUCGGGGGGACCUAUGCAGCACUUGUGAUUAAUCAAAUAAGCACUAUUUAAAAAUGUCACCUCCAGAAUGGUUGAAUAGUACUGUAGCAGCAAGAGAUGAGACGUUUCAAACCGCUAAAAAGAUAUGAGACUGGUGACGAGGAAAAGGCCUCUCCUUGUAUAUUUAGAAUCAAAAAGCCUACCAAAAUAUAUAUUUUUUGAAUUUAUAGUAGGACUAGGCUUUUCCCACUUAUACAUCUGCACUAAAUGAUAUUGUUAAUAGAUCAACUGAUCAUGUGUGAUGUGAAUUGCUUGUUUUUAGUCACAAACCAAACAACUCUGCUGCACGACCAAGCCGUUUAGCUUCACCUGGCUAAUCGUUUUGAUUUUUCCGGCCUUUAGAUUGACCGUUUGGUGAAGACUUGCUGUCCCGAUCCUCUUCUUUUUCCGUUGCAGAAGGUGGUCAGCAAAGCGUUGACACGUUGCUCCGUCACUGCCUCAUGUGUCAUGUCUUAUGUUAGCAUCUGUCGCUAGUGUGUUAGCCAGAGCAACUUUGUAAAGGGAUAAUUCUUCAUUGUUGUGUUGGCCUGGCUGGACCCACAAGUGUUAACGUUUGGUAUUGUUUGGAUAAACUACAACAAAAAUAAAUCUAAAAGAUUUAAAACCACAGUCAUUGCAGUAAUCCGACCACACCGAUUCACACGCUCAACUAAGUCGAUCCUGAUUUUUGAUGUUCCUCCAUUUCCGUGGUGCUCGUGAUGGGAAAGAGUCUCCAGUUACUGAAAGCUACUGGUGGUGAAGGUUCUCAAAGGGUUAAAGAUUCUGUAUGCUUAAUGGUGACUUAUUCGUACAUGUAUGAAACCACAUACCUGGGCACGGGGAGUCCUUUUCGUUUGUGUACGGAGGACGUCCAUGCUCCUCUUAAGUAUUGUCGGCAGCACACAGAACAGCAAGAGCUUACCGUCAUCGUGCAAGCACUUCACACAAAUACCUCUUCAGUGCGUUCCUGCCUGCUUCAGCUUUAUUUAUUAAUUGUGUUUGUAAAUCUGUGUCUGAGUAGGAAUCGCGCGCACACACACACACACACACACACACACACACACACAACCGAGUCGGUCAGAAGAGGGAGGAACACCUUGUCGUCUGCUUUUACAUUCCAUGAGAGUUCCCUUCGCCCCCUCCACAGGUAGUCGCAGUUGCUUCUCCGAUCUGAGGACACGCAGGUAGACGAGUGGACGAACAGGAAAGAGGAAAACUGAGCAGAGCAAAGAGGCUAAGCUCAGUUCUCAGGGACAUCACUUAAAGAAAUAAAACAAAAGGUAGUAGCAUUAAGCAUUUAAGAUAUUGUAAAUAUGAAAGUGUCAAUUCAGAAAAUUGUAAAGUUAUAAUUAUUUAUGAUAAGUAUGUUAUGCGUUUGUUAUUACUUUUUAUUUUUAUGUUCUUUUGGCGGGUGUACUUGAACAGUUUUGGAUGGGGAUUUGACAGCGUUUUCUUUUUUUUCCCCUUUUUUAUAAAGAGCAAAAACUUCAAGGCACUUCUCAGGUGCUCCUGUGUGCAUUUCUUUUAAGUUUGUUUUUUUGCUAUAACGGCCACAAUUAUUUGUAUUUUAUAUUGCUUUGCAAAGACAAAAAAUGUGUUUUCCAAAAGGAAGCAUGUUUGUAGUGAAUGAAAAGGACGAAAGGCAUCCAUUUAUAAACCGAUCCGUACUUAACCCGACUAUGCAGAACCACUUUGAUGGUCUUGUCACCUCCAGGACUUAAGUGUGGAAGAAGAGACUCGGUGGACUGAACCACUACUGAACGGGGGGGGGGGGGGGGCGCUUGUAUUCGGACAAUGCGCAGUAUCCGGCCUGCAUACCCUGCAACAUUUAAAGGAAACCGGACAAAAAAUGAAUACGGGGAGAAAUGCCUUUGUGACCGAUCAAUGUACAACGUUUAUUUUUGUGCUUGACUUGUUUGUCGUCGUUCUUUAUUUUGUUUCUGUUUAAGCAGGACUCAAAGCCUUUAGUGUCUUCUCGGUGGUGUGACGUGGCGGCCGCACCGGCGAGACACGACAAUACACAACGAUACACAAAUGUGCGCGAGUCAGAAGCGGUGCGCGUGCGGGAGGCUGCGGCCUGCGGAUGACCUCGUGUUCGUCCCUCGUUGCUUCCUCAUCUUCGUUCUGUUAUCUCUCCCUCAGCUUCCUGCAGGGAGAGUUCCUCUCUGUCGUCACCACACCUUUUCUGUAAACUGUUGCCCCCCCGUCUCGCGCAGGGAGGGGCAAUGCAUCGGCGCGUUAGUAACCGCCUUAAAGCAUAUGGGCCACUUUGCGUCUGACUACGAACACGUGUUCAUCUGGUAAGGCUUCUCUGUAAGUUAAAAUAAGGGUGGGUUCAUUUAUUUGCCAAUACAUCAGGCCGUUUUUCCUGAAUCUUGGGUGAAAUUCAGAUAACACGUUCCCACUUAAUUAGCCAGCGGCCUUAGUGUGAGACAUUCACUGACCGCGGGACAACAAAGCGUCUCCUCCCUCUGUGUUCACUGCCUCGGCCCGUUCUCACUGGCGCCCUCUCCCUCCUUCCUACUAGUCGCCGUUUCCCAUUUUGUUGUUCUUUUGAUUCUUUCUAACUUAAGGGGGAAAGUGUUGUUGCCUCUUUGUGCUACUGAUUAUGAAAACGGUAUUCCCAGUAUGUGUUGCCACAGAAGUAUGAUAGCUUAUCAUCAACACUUGUUAUUUUCUGUUGGUUUAUUUUACAUCUUCUUGAGCUACUGUCUAUAAAGCGAGAAUUUAUUACUAUUUAUGUAACGCUACUACCAUUUUAUAUUGAUUUGUGUUGGAAUCUCGGUGCUUUUCUAUGAAUAAAGUGUGAAACACGUUA